AUGCUGGACUGGCAUGACAAGACGGCCCGGAAGACGGAGGAACGAUCCCCCGUCACUCAAGUAUAUCUGAGAACUUCAAUUGAACGACAUUAUCUCUCUCAUCCUAUGUGCGCCCUGGUGGUCCCAAUAGAGAUUGCCAUGGCCGUAUUCAGGCGCUUUCGCCCAGACGAUCUGAAUAGGUUCUCAAAGUGCAAUUUGGAUAGUCUGGUGGAGACGUACGAAGUCGGCUUCUAUCUUCAAUACCAUGCCAAAUGGCCGUCGCUAUUCCAGGUGUGCGAGGACAACCAGGGCAACAUAAUCGGAUACAUCAUGGGCAAGGUUGAAUCGUCACCUGAUGCAUACAAGCGUUCCGAGCACUAUCUGCCGUGGCACGCCCAUAUUACCGCAUUUACCGUUGCUUCGGAAGCACGCAGGCUCGGCAUCGGUAAGAUCCUUGCUGAGCAGGUGGAAACAGCAGCGGACGCGAGGAAUGCCUGGUUUGUCGACUUGUUUGUGCGUCGCAGCAACGAGGUCGCCAUUGCAUUUUACAAAAGUGCGGGGUACAGUGUUUUUCGCGUGGUCAAGGACUAUUACAUCGAUCACGCCACCGAUCCAACAAAGGCGACGGAAGAUGCUUUGGAUAUGCGCAAGCCGUUAAAGAGAGACGCAGAUCGGCAGCAUAUUAGAAAAGAUGGCGAAAGAUAUGAAGUAUCGCGGGAUGAUGUAUGGUAA